AUGGACGAAGACCUCAUCGCCUUCGGCAUCGUCAUGCUGCUCUUCCUUUCCUUCCCCUUCCUCACAGUCCUCAGCAUCACAGGCUGUGUAGCUUACACCCGCACCAAGGCGUGGGACAAGGCGCGUAACCAGCGCGCCGUGAGCCUCGAGUCUUCGGAAACCAACCGCCUCGUGGGCGAGGGCGACGACGCGGAAUCCGACUUCUACGAUACAGACGACGAGGAGGAGUACAACCAGCGCCAGGCUGACGAGGAAGCCGACAAGCAUCUUACUUUUGGACAAAAGUUCCGCAAGGAGUUCAAGAGCGUGUGGACGGGCAAGGGCAAGACGGAUGUGUUGAAGCAAAAGGAGCGCGAGGAGAGGAGGAAGCUUGCCAAGGCUGUGGCGAGGGAGUUGGAUCGUCGGGAGAGGAGGAAGGCGAGGGCCGCGGCGAAGAAGACCGACAGUGACGACUUGUUGCCGGCUUAUACCAAGGCUUAA